AUGCUCAGGGACGCAGCCCUUAGCUACUACUGGGACAACAUCGACCUAUGGAUCGUACAAGGAAAGGAUCUAGUGGAAGAGAUUAUCACUUACUUUGAAGGACCAGAGCACCAGCAAUCUAUAAAAACUGAAUGGUCCGCCACAACGCUAGCCACAUUAACUUUAUGGACCACCGCUACAACACCCGCUAGUCAUCACGUUUGCCGCAUCAAGGUCAUUCAUCAUAUAGGCAAGGCCGCUCACGAGAACGAAGCAACUUAUGAUACUCGAGUCGCUUACCGCGCUGCUACUCCCAAGAUCAUGCACCGCAGGUUUGCCAUAUCUGUAAGAAGCCAGGCUGCUGGUCUACAGAGCAUACCAAGGAAGAACGCCAAGCCACUAGGAAGCCAUACAAAGCUGUAA